UCCCGCUCCACCACUAUAAAGCCUCCUCCUCGCACCGCUAGGUUUCGGUCCCUUCUCCAUCUCCACUUCCUCGGCGGCGGCGCAGCGGCGGCGACAAGACAAGGCAAAAUGACCAAGGGUACGGGCAGCUUCGGCAAGCGCCGGAACAAGACGCACACGCUCUGCAUCCGCUGCGGCCGUCGCAGCUUCCACCUGCAGAAGAGCACCUGCUCCUCCUGCGGCUACCCCGCCGCUCGCAUCCGCAAGUACAACUGGAGUGUGAAGGCUAUCAGGCGCAAGACCACGGGAACUGGAAGGAUGAGGUACAUGCGCCACGUGCCUCGCAGGUUCAAGAGCAACUUCAGAGAAGGUACCGAAGCUGCCCCCAGGAAGACAGCUGCCGCCAACUAGGUCUGAUUUUGCCAUCAGGAAUCCCGUGAAGUUUGAAUUUGAAGACUUUUACUUUGAUGAUUGUACCGUCGAAGCUAUUGUUGCUAUAGCAUUCAGUAUGGAUCUGAUAUGUUUUGUUGCAUGAUGUUGAAAUUUGACCUCUAAAUCUUGAGCAAGAGCAAAUUUGUGCGAGUUUA